GACUUGAGAUUUUUACCCAAUCAGAUCACACUCACACUGCACUGCCCCUCCGACAGUCAGAAAUAUGGCGUUACGGGAGCUAUCGUCGCUGGAGAAAUACUUAGGAUUGAAAAAGCCGAACAAGUACAGCACACAGGGGGACAAAAAGGUACCUGUGCUACAGAAUAAUAAUGGGCCUUCAUUAGUAGGGUUGGUGACCAUUGCCUGUCACCUGGUGAAAGAGUCCAAGCACCCAGAGCUACUGGGAGACUCUGCAGAGAGCAGGGCUGUGGUGCAGCAGUGGCUGGAAUACAGAGUCACCAAGCUGGACAGCUGCACCAAGGAAGACAUCAGGGCCAUCCUGAAGGACCUCAACCUCUACCUGCAAGACAAGGUCUACCUGGCUGGCAACCAAUUCACCUUAGCUGACCCUGUCAUGUACUAUGGAAUCCAUCCACUCAUAGUGGACUUGGCCAUCCAGGAGAAGGAGCAGUAUGUGAAUGUGACGCGAUGGUUCGACCACAUCCAGCACUACCCCGGCGUCCGACACCACCUCCCUCCCGUAGUUGUGCUCAGGAACAGAAUUUACACCAGCAAACACCACUGAGACCUGGCCCCACCCAACCCGGCCUGAUUCGUUACAAGCUCGUCUGUCUUUUGGACCAGACCUGGGCAAAGUAUCUCCCAAAAUCCAAGAGUGUAUCACAUCAUUAUCAUCAUCAUCACCAUAUGAGGACAUUACACACAUUGUCACCUCUGUAUAAGACCUUUUUUUUUUUUCUUCAGAUCCCGAUUCCUGCCUUUAUGUUUUUUCCUGGUCACAUACCUGAACUCUGCAUGUUUUCUCAUGGGGGUUUACAAUAUAUACGUUUUACAGUGAAGAACAAAAUAACUAAAGUCAAAACAGUUUUAGUGUAUAAGGUACUGAAACUUCAAUAAGGGACUGUGCACUAAUAAAGUCAAGUUCUGUUGAUAUUCUUUUAAAAAAAUGUCAGUGUUUUUCAUGAUUAUGUUGCAGCGUAAGUGAUUAGGAGUGGACGCAAGAAGGUCACCUGUCAUCUUAACGUCUCAAUUAUCUAAUAAUGCUAACACUAUAAGAAGUUUGGUGUCUUAACUCUUUAUUAGUAACUAGGGAGCAAAGAUGUGAGACAGUUACGUUGGUUUUCAUUUAUUGUUUUGGUCAUUUUUUGUUGGACUGUGUAAGUCUGCGUUUGUUGUCAAAGGGAAGGCUGUACGGGUUGCAGGAAAGUGCUGCUAAUUUGUUAAAAAGGUGUUUCUAUUUAUAAAUGGAGGUGAAAUGGUGAUAUUUUUUUGUUGUUGAGUCUGAGCUAUGAACAUGCAAUGAUGAGUAUUCAAACAAGGCUUAAUAAAAUGUUACUUAACUGGCAGUGCA